GAGUUAAAGAAAGACUCACAAUAGGUUCAGCUCUGAACUGUGAACACUGUGUUUUAACUAAAUGUGAGCAGUGUCUGUGUGUGUUAUGCUUCAGGCAGCUAAACGCUGUUUAGUGCCGUGUUUUCCUGGGGGAUGAGUCCUGUGGGCUGCCGGGAUUUUGGUCUCCAACAUGGCUGUUUGGUAGCUGGGUGCGAUUUCUACAGGAAAUACUUUCUGCUGGGCUGUGGAUUUGUGCAGGGCUGCCAUUCUACCGAGCUUACGACUGCAAAAGAAGACAUGCAACAGUUUCACAAAGGGAAUAACGAUGAGUGAUCCAGUGGUUCAGCUGGUAUCCAGCUGUUAUCAGGAAAAUUUGCUUGAGGCAAUGUGGAACCUAAGGGCCAAUGGUGAUCUGUGUGAUAUCACAGUGCAGGUUGAUUUCCAAGGUCAGCUGGAAGAAUUUGAGGCCCACCAGAUAAUACUUGCCGCAUCCAGUGGCUAUUUCAAGACCUGCAUCUUGGCGAAUGAACAAGUGAAUAAAAUAUUCUUAAAUGAUUUUGCACCCAAAGCCUUUGCCAAAUUUCUAGAAUACGCAUAUUCGGGGAAAAUGGAAGUGGAAAAGAGCUACCUUAGCCACAUAUUGCUGAUGGCGAAGCAGCUGGACUGCCAAAACUUAGUGGAGGCUUGUGAUUCAAUGCUUCUGAAUUAUAUUUUGGAAAACACACAGAAAGGGAAAGAAAAAGCAAAAAGAGGGAGGCCAGAAAAGCAAACAACUGAAUCAUUAGGUAUGAGAAAAAAGAUGAAAGUCAUCCACACUAAAGAGGCGGAAAAUGAAAGGGCACAGGGUAGGAGGAGUAGCAGCAGGUUAGCAGGCAGCAAAGUCUUUGUCAGUAUCGACAAAAAAAAGACUGGCCGCAGGUCACAAGCCCAGUCUGAGGCAUUGGACAUCACAGAAAGUCCCAAUGAAUCAGAGACAAGAACAACACAAGAAGAGCCAUUAAACAUUUGUGAGUCCAAAGAAGCUAGUGAUAAGGUUUUUCCUGAGAAUGAGGCCCUUAUGGACAGUGGGUCUGAGGCUGGUAGUUUCAACAUUGAUUUAGCAGAUGAAGAUUUUCAUGACCCUGAGUUCCUGCCAGCUGAAGCCAAAGAAGAAACAGAUGAGGCUGAAAAGGAACAAAAGUCGGGUAGUUCCAAAUAUGACUGUCAAAAGUGCUGUCGUUCAUUUCGCUAUGAGAAGAGCUACCUGAAGCAUGUCAAAGUUAGUCAUGGCAUUGAGACUGACACUACCUACCGCUGUGAUAUCUGCCAGCAGACUUUUGCCAACCGCUGCAACCUUAAAAUCCAUAAACGGCAUGUGCACAAUGACGACAGGCUCUUUCCAUGUGACGUCUGUAAGAAGGCCUUUAAACGCAAGAAGGAUGUGACGAGACACAGGCGGCAGGUCCAUGAGGGUGGAACUGAGCGCUACUACUGUACAAUUUGUGGUAAAUCAUUAAGCUCCAGAACAGCCCUCACUCUGCAUGAGAGAACACACACCGGUGACAAGCCCUACAGCUGCAACGAGUGUGAAGCCAGGUUCUCCCAAAGCUCUGCACUAAGAACACAUCAGAGGAUCCACACCGGUGAGAAGCCUUUUGCUUGUGAUAUGUGUGAUGCCAAGUUCACCCAGAACCACAUGUUGGCCUACCAUAAGAGAUGCCACACAGGAGAAAAGCCCUUCAUGUGUGAAAACUGUGGGAAAAGUUUUGCAUCUAAAGAAUACCUGAAACACCAUGCCAGAAUCCACUCUGGCUUCAAGCCUUACAAGUGUGACAACUGUGGAAGAGCAUUUGCUCAACGAAACUCCCUUCAUCAGCAUAUGAAAAUACAUACAGGUGAAAGGCCUUACCAUUGUAAGGAGUGUGACAAGCAGUUCACCCAGCUGAACGCUCUUCAGAGACACCAAAGAAUACACACAGGAGAAAAGCCAUACAUGUGCAGCGUGUGUGGCCGGACCUUUACAGACAAGUCUACUGUCCGCAGGCAUGCCAUGACUCACGACAAGGACACUCCUUGGAAGAAUUAUCUGGUUGUGCUGGAGGGUAAUGUAGAAGAUCGCAUCAAGACACAAAAAGGUUCCUCUGACAAGAACAAGGCAGAAGAAAUUAAUGAAGAAGAACACAAUCAAGAGGAGAAACAGAGUGAAGAUCAGACCCAGGAGAUAGUGACAGUGUCUGAAGAGCCAGUGACCAUCUCUGGGGACUGGGCUGGCCCAGGCACCAUUGCGCUGGUCAGCCAUGGAGCACUGGGAAGCCUCGCAGUGAUCCAAACUGAGGUGCCUGCUGGUACACAGCUGCAGCCCAUUGUCGCCGCUGAUGGAGCCAGUGUAAUUUCUCUGGAUAGUUCUACUGUUGGAAUUCCUGUUACCGUUCCUUUUUCCAUUCCCAUCUCUGUUGCACAUUCCAUCUCCGAGUCAACAGCACUUACUGUCGCAGUCCCCCAGUCUGACCAAGCCACGGUUUCAGAGGCUGUGUUGGUGUCAGGAGACACAGACACAGAAGCCCUUCUGGUACCAACUGAAGUCAGUUUGCCUACUGAAUGCACAAAGCCACAGUCAGUGGUGGAGGGAGCUAAACAGGGACAAAACUUAGACACCCAAGAGGAAAUGUCUGAUAAUGUGCAGCCUACAGCAAAAGCAGAAGCCAUAGAGGCCUCUACAGAAGAUUAAAUUUAAACCUACAUCAUUGGCUUUUUCCCUA